UCAUACACCAAUUAACAAAAAGUAACAAAACUUACUAGAGCAUGACAAAGUGACAGUUAGUGCAAAAAAACCCAAACAUAUGAGUGUGAGACAGUAGACACAUUGACAAUGCAAAAAAAAAAAAGGUCAAAAAUAUAGAUGGCGAGAAAGAUGAAUACAAGUAGUAUUCAGUGGUAGUGGUAUCAAAAACUUUUGAAAACUUGUUUUGGAACACACCAACAGAUGGCAGCACAAGGCUGCACGCACAGCCACAGGGAGCACUGAACUUUAUUAAUCAAUGUGCCAAAAACCAUCCUCCUGUGUACACCCGGAGCUGUGCAACUGGUGCUACCGGACCAUGUGUGUUACCAUGUCUGAGAUUCCAUUAUGAUUUUCAUUAAACUCUGCAAAUCUGCCACAGGGACGUUCUACAUGAUUCGCCAAGUUUACGACGAUGCUGCAAUGAGUAGGCCGAGGUGUUUUUGAGUGGCACGCACGCUUCAAGAGUGAAAGAACGUUGCUGGAAGACGACGAGAGAUCAGGAAGACACCAUUGUGGAAAUCCAGUGCAAAUCACAGAAGGAGAAGGUGCUUGACACACUUCAAAAAAAAGACUUCCAGGACAUAAUCCAGAAGUGGCAGGAACGCUGGAAGCGCUGUAUUGCUGUGCAAGGGGACUAUUUUGAAGGUGAUAGUGUGUAGUAAAUGUAGAUAAAUAAAGCCUUUUGAAACCAUCUCGGAAAUAGACAGACAGACAGACAGACAGAUAGACAGAUAGAUAGAUAGAUAAACAAUUAUAGAUAGACAGACAGAUAACACUGCAGACUCUGAUGCAGUCAUCUGUCACAGCGUCAUUAACCAACAGCGAAUCUUUUAGCAGAAUGAAUGACCACAGUGGCGCGAUCACAGACCCUCUGCUGCAUCACUGGACAGUGUAUUAUCCUGUCCCGAAAGGUAACAGCGCCAUUGGCUCUGAUCUCUGUACGUCAAAUUUUAGCGUCGCCGCUCAUUGGCGCUGCGCCGCCUCCUCGGUUCAGUCUUGGCCUCUUAUUGGUGCAGACUUAGGUGCUUAAAACGCGGCUGUGCACAAUCAGAGGGAAGAGUGGGCGGGUCGGGGGCGGGGUCGAACCCCUAGCGCAGGCAGGGCUCGUUGGGAAGCGGUCUCGCGAGCGCAGUCACGAGGAGAUCUUCGGCGAGUGAGUGUCGCGCGCCUUUUUCUGAUGAGAUAUUGCACACGAAUAUAUACACACACUCCGAGACAGCGACCAAGCAUUCAACACCGCGUUGUUUUUUUUUUUUUAUAACUCGGAAGGCUUAUUUUUUUUUUUUUAGACAGACCUGGGAAUCAAGGGAUUUCACCUGCAAGUGUUAUUUUUAUAUUUUGUACCUCUAAAGAUUGUGGAUUGUGGUUGUUUGGGAGGUUUCUGGCCGCAAAGAUGAUGGUCGGGGAGAUCGAAGUGAAGGAGAGACCGAGGCCGAGUCCUGACUAUCUCAUGCAGUUACUAAACGAGAAGAAGCUCAUGACCAGCCUGCCGAACCUGUGCGGCAUCUUCACACACCUUGAGAGACUGCUGGAUGAAGAAAUAAACAGAGUGAGGAAGGACAUGUACAACGACACAGUGAGCGGUUUGGUAGAUAAGCACCCCCUGGAGCUCCCCGAGGCGCACGGCCCCAUCGUCCACCUGCAGGAGAAACUCUUCGUCCCGGUUAAGGAAUACCCUGACUAUAAUUUCGUAGGCCGGAUUCUGGGGCCACGAGGUCUCACGGCGAAGCAGCUGGAGGCAGAAACCGGCUGCAAGAUCAUGGUCAGAGGAAAGAGCUCCAUGAGGGACAAGAAGAAGGAGGAGCAGAACCGAGGGAAGCCGAACUGGGAGCACCUGAACGAGGACCUGCACGUUCUCAUCACGGUGGAGGACACACAGGCACGAGCCGAGAUCAAGAUGAGGAGAGCCGUGGAGGAGGUCAAGAAGCUCCUGGUGCCGGCGGCAGAAGGAGAAGACAACUUGAAAAAAAUGCAGUUGAUGGAGUUGGCCAUCCUAAACGGAACCUACAGAGACACCAAUAUUAAAGCUCCGAACCUUGCCUUCUCUCUUGCAGCGGCGGCCGCAGCGGCUCAGGGCCCUCGGCUGAUCGCCGCCCCCGCGGGUCAGGUACUUCCUCCUGGCGCCCUGCGGCCCCCGACCCCGGGCGGGGCUCCUAUCAUGAACCUCAUCCGUCCCGCGCAGAUGCCCGCCAUGCUGCCCAACGCCACCCCAACGCUGGUGCCCCCGGCGCCGGACGCGGGCAUCAUCUACGCCACACCCUACGACUAUCCGUAUGCCUUGGCGCCGACCUCCCUCCUGGAGUACCCGAUCGAGCACGGAGGCGUCCUAGGUAAGCGGGCGUGGGGGCUUGGUGCUUCAGGCUUCGGCGGGCAUCAGGACGGCACCGCCGCAAUGUUUUACGGGGGCAGCUUUGACAUGGCCAUGCCAAGCGCUGCCCAGGACUUAGUUCAAGGUGCAAUGGCUACUAAAGUGCGGAGACAUGACUCACGGGUCCAUCCUUACCAAAGGAUAGUGACCGCAGACAGAGCCGCCACCGGCAACUAACAAAUGACCUCUGACCUCUGAACUCUUCACCCAAUGAUGAGCCGCCCCAAGCCUGCCUGCUGAUCAGAUUAACUGGUAAUUGCCUUUUGCUAGCCUGUUGGACGCUGAGAAAAAAAAAUACAAAAUGAGUGGCACCUGUGACCCUAACACACAAACCAACACAAACCACAACGAGAUCAGAUGCCUACAAACCCACAAGUUGUGUGAUGAUUUUUUUUUUUUUUUACCAACUGUAACUACCUUUUUUUUUUUUUUACUGUUGUUUCUUUUUUUUUAUUAUUCUUUCUUUCUUUCUUUCUUCCCCCCCAAAACUUAAUAGCUGGGUGAUGUUCUUGGUAGCAAAAACAAAAAUCUGCACUGAGUUAAUAAGCAAUAAAAAAAACCCAGACUUGUGUUAAUUUAACCUGCACAUCCCCACUAAGUUCUAAUAUCUGAGAAAAAAAAUAUAAAAAAAUUCAGUAAAAAAUUACAAAUUAAAGAAAUUUUUGGGGGAAAAAAUGGAAGGAAAGAAAGAAACCCACUCACACAAACUUGUUCUGUCAUUGUCAUGUGUAGCAAUGUUUUUUUUUUUUUUUCCCUUUUCUUUCAUACAUCUAUGAAUUUUUCACAAUGCUGACUCAUUCUGGGUGCGCCUAUGUAGCUGACGCUAAAGCGACUGCAUGGCUAAAAUGACCGACUGCUUGGGAAAGAAACUACCUUUUCUUUUAUUGUUUUUCUUUUCAUUUUUUUUUUAAUUAUAGGAAAAUCAUACCUGCAUUUUGGGUGCCAUCUCAGGCGUGUGUGUGUGUGUGUGUGUGUGUGUGUGUGUGUGUGUGUGUGUGUGUGUGUGUGUGUGUGUGUGGGGCAGGAUAGGGUUAAGAAGAGUAUUUCAGAGUAUUCUCAGUAAAUCUAGGAUGUUUAUGGCUGCAGAGAUUUGGGCAGGAGGAGUUAGUUUACUCACCUAUGCCACCCCAAACACCCCUCAGCCUCAAAAAUACAGUGCCUGAAGUUUA